AUGUGCAUCAAGAACCACCCCGAGAUCUCUGCCGUCGGCGGUAUCGUCCAGUCCUCCGGCGGAGCUAAAUGGGACUGCCACGUCUGCGGUUUUGAAGGCAUGCUUUGGCGCACCACUCGGGCGUGCCUCCAGUGCACUCACAUCAUCUGCGUCUUGUGCCCGGUCACUCAUGUCCUGUUAGAUCAUAGCCUGGCAUGA